CAUUGUUUGAUGCUGAUGACGAUAUUAUGGAUAUUAUUGGGGAUAAUGACAAAGAAUUUGAGCCCUUUGAAGCAUUGCUUGAUGUUGUGACCUUGGAUACCACACAAAAAGACGGUGAAAACAAGUUUGAGAGGGCUGAAGCAUAUGGUAUUCCAAUUCUUUAG